UUUUACGACAAUAAAACCUCUCAUUGAUAAAACGCCUCAAGAUAGCGCUCUGUAUCACAUUACACCGGUGUACUGACAUUAAGAGGCUGGAUCUCUUUAGUCCGGACGUGCGCAUCCACAAAAAGUGUCGGGGUCGCUCUAUCUCGGGCUCGGCUCUAUUUACAGAGACAACAACAUGGCACACAGCGGUGCACUGGUGAGACGGGAGUCGGUGGAAACAGAGAUGCAUAAGAGCCAGGAAAAGAGCACAACUUUCGUGUACACAAAGAAAAGAGGCUACGAUGUCACCCGGAACCCUCAUUUGAACAAGGGCAUGGCUUUCUCCCUGGAGGAGCGACAGCAGCUUGGGAUCCAUGGCCUGCUGCCCCCCUGUUUCAUUAGCCAGGACAUCCAGCUGCUACGAGUGCUCAAAAACUAUGACAUGAAGAGAGACGACCUGGACAGAUAUGUGUUCCUGAUGGGGCUCCAGGACCGCAGUGAGAAGCUAUUCUACCGGGUGCUCACCUCAAACAUCGAGCGGUUCAUGCCUGUCAUCUACACUCCGACUGUGGGCCUGGCUUGCCAGCAGUAUGGCCUCAUCUUCAGACGGCCCAGGGGCCUGUUCAUCACUGUCCAUGAUCGAGGACACAUAGCUUCCAUCCUCCAGAACUGGCCAGAGAAGGACAUCAAGGCUGUAUGUGUGACAGAUGGAGAGAGGAUUCUGGGGCUUGGAGACCUGGGCUGCUAUGGGAUGGGGAUCCCAGUGGGUAAACUGGCUCUGUACACUGCCUGUGGAGGGAUGCCACCCCAGCAGUGUCUGCCGGUCAUGCUUGAUGUGGGUACAGACAACGAGGCACUGUUAAAAGACCCUCUCUACAUUGGCCUGAGGCAUCGCAGAGUGAGGGGCCAGGCCUACGAUGACCUGCUGGACGAGUUCAUGAAGGCUGUGUCCGACAGGUAUGGGAUGGACUGUUUGAUUCAGUUUGAGGACUUUGCAAAUGUAAAUGCUUUUCGUCUGCUUAGCAAGUACCGGAACAAGUACUGCACAUUUAAUGACGAUAUUCAAGGUACUGCUGCUGUGGCUGUAGCUGGACUUUUAGCUGCUCUGAGAAUCACUAAAAGCAAAAUGUGUGACCACACCAUUGUGUUCCAAGGAGCAGGAGAGGCAGCUAUGGGGAUUGCAGAGCUUAUUUCUAUGGCCAUGGAGAAGGAAGGACUUCCAAAGGAGCAGAGCUUGAAAAAGAUCUGGAUGGUCGACUCUAAGGGCCUCAUUGUCAAGGGCCGAGACCACCUGACACAUGAAAAGGAGAGGUUCGCCCACGAGCACCCUCAGAUGAACAGACUGGAGGAUGUGGUUCGGGAGAUUAAACCCACGGCCAUCAUUGGUGUGGCAGCUGUACCAGGAGCUUUCUCAGAGCAGAUCAUCAAAGAUAUGGCUUCCUUUAAUAAGAGUCCAAUCAUAUUUGCACUCAGCAAUCCCACAAGUAAAGCUGAGUGCACAGCCGAACAGUGCUAUGUGCUCACUGAGGGGAGAGGCAUCUUUGCCAGUGGCAGUCCCUUUGACCCAGUCAAUUUGCCAGAUGGACGGACUCUGUUUCCUGGUCAGGGGAAUAAUGCCUAUAUCUUUCCUGGAGUAGGACUUGGAGUCACAGCGUGUGGCAUUCGUCAUGUUACUGAAGAAGUCUUCCUCAUAGCUGCUGAGGCUCUUGCUGAACAGGUGACAGAAAAAGAUUUGGCAGAAGGCAGACUGUAUCCUCCUCUCAGCUCCAUUCAGGAAGUGUCUCUCAAACUGGCUGCUACGAUCAUGGAGUUUGCCUUUAAGCACAACAUGGCCACCCUUCACCCAGAGCCAUCAGACAAACUAGAGUAUCUGAAGCCACUGGUUUACUGCACAGACUAUGAGGAGUUUGUGGUGGACUCUUAUCGCUGGCCAGAGGAUAGCAUGAGUGUACAGUCCUGCAAGCUUUAACAAAUGAACAUGAGAGGCCCAAAAAGGGGUAGGACUAUACCAAAAAGUGCAAUAUGAAUAUUUGUUCUAGAUGAUAAUUUAACUGUAUAAAUAACUGUGGUGACUCAUGCAAAGAUUUUUAAACAUAAAAUACUUAGUAGUAGUGUUUUUAAUAAUGAGUGAUUCUGGUAAACCACAUUUUUACUAUAUUAUGAAAAAAUAAAUGUAUUCUGUCAUUGCACAAUAAAACAGCCAUAAUGCUUUCCUAUGUCCUGAAA